AUCACCCCGGACAUCAGCAGUGCCACUGCAUUCCCACUGCAGUACUUGAUGGACUCCAGCAAAGAUGAUGGCAUCUGUUUUGUCACCAUACUGGUGAUAAGGUUGCUAUCGGAGAUCAGACCCUCAGCCCUAGAUGGACCCUCCCAACAGGCAGCAGAUCUGACAGAAACAUGUCAGCAACUCAUCAGACAAGUCCUGUCUGAGUUCUGUGCUGCAUCCAGAUUCUCCAGGACACAGGCAUAUUCCCAGAACCUGAACAUCCAAAGGGUGUUCAGAGGUGUACAUAAAAACCUCAUGGAGGAGUUUGGCUCUUGUAACACCCUGCAAGCAGCUAUUUCCUCCCAGGACCCUGCAUUUGACAGAGUCCUGGUAAAGUCCUUGACCCAGCAGCUGGUACAGGGAUGCAAGGAGGCGUCAAGACCAGCUUCUGCUGCAACAAACCCAUCCGACCAGGCUGAGACAGAGAGGGGGGCUGAGCAGAAAGCAAGAAGGAGCUUCCUUUGCUUUUCAAUGACCAAACUCAGGAUCAACUUCAAGCGUUCCAAGAGAGGAAACAAAAAGGACUGCCAUUCAGUCCAGGAACAGACUGAGAUUCCCUCUACUGAUGCACAUUGCAUAGCUCCAGUUGGAGAAGUUUCUCCCUCCAUAUCUCAGCUUGUCAAAAAACGAUCCUUGAUUGUCAGGGUCUUUUCAGCAAUGAUGAAGCCAUUCAGGCGCUUCACCAAGAAGAACCUGUAACCUGUUACGCUGCAUGAAGAACUACUUUUGUAACAGCAAGACUUUUGACAA